AAUGGCGAAUAACAGUAGCCAAGGAGAAUCAACAGAAGAUAAAGUGUUUUUAAUUGUCUCUCGCUACGCCGUUCCCAUUGUCUUUGGUAUUAUAACAUUGCUUGGAAUUGCCGGCAACACCUUGGUUAUUCAUGUUAUUGCAACACGCUCUAAAAUGAGAACAGUUACUAACCUCUUACUGCUCAAUCUCGCUGUUUCCGAUCUGGCUUUCGUAAUUAUAUGCCCGUUACCGACAGCUUAUAGUUUUGCCUAUCAAACUUGGCCCUUCGGUUCGUUUCUCUGCAAGCUUAUGCAUUAUACAAUCAAUUCAUGCGCCUACGUGACCGUCUACACACUCGUUGUUAUAUCAGCAUUCAGAUUUUUCACGGUGGUUUACAAUAGUCAGACAGUACACCUACGUACUCAUCGUAACGCUGUCAUAAUGAUCGCAUUUUUAUGGGUCGUCUUCCUUUCUGCCAAUUAUCCCAUUACACAAGCCUACGACGUGGUCGUUAGAAACUCGAGCGGCGUGUCAUUGGACUGUGACAUGAAGUCGGAAGAAUUUCAGGCGCCCGUAUUCUACUCUUUCUUUGUAUUCGGCUAUCUUCUUCCUUUAUGCCUUAUUGGCUUAUUAUCCGUUGGUAUUAUUGCUCAUCUUAAUAAGCAGAGACCGACAACAAUAAGCCAAUCGACGCCUUCAGGAAUAAGGUCAAACUCGAGGAAGAAGAGCGCCUCUCGUCUCAUCAUCCUUGUUGUGGUCCUCUUCGCCAUACUCUGGCUUCCUAUACAGCUACAUCUCGUAAUAGCCGUAACUACAGGCAAACAAAUGCCUAAAUCAUAUCUAACCGUAGCCUUCCUCUGGAACCUUAUGGCAUACGCCAACUCUUGCAUCAAUCCUUUUAUCUAUAAUCAAGCUAGUAAAGAUUUUAGAUAUUCCUUCAAGGAGGUAGUUUCUUGCCUGAAGUGUUGUCCAAGAAACCAGAAUUCUCGUACACCAUCUUUACCUGCCGGUCAAAUUGCUAUUGUACCGGCUGGUGCCGACCAAAAGGAACGUCGUCAUUUGAUAGCAUCAUCCGGACCUCAUAAAGAGGAAUGUCAAGCUUCUAGUAAUGUAUAA